AUGCCUCCGUUUUGUUCCACCUGUGGUGGAUAUCAUUAUUCCGAUCAAUGUUGGGGAUCACCAAAAGCUACAAAUUUCAUCGAAAUUACCAACGGAGGUUAUUGGAACACUUACACCAACACAUACGAGCAAAGCUUUCAAGACCAAGAUUUGAACGAGUUUCAACAUAGAGAGCCACAAUUUGAUGAUUUUCAAAAUUAUUAUCCAAUGCAGCAGCAGACCACUGAUGAACAACUUGAUUUGGUAUCCCUUAUUGCCGAAUUCAUGAAGUCCACUCAAUCAUCAUUUCGAAACAUGGAGAUACAACUGGAAGAGAUGACGCUCAAAUUAAAAUCUGAGUCUCUUGAAAAUAUUCCAGACGAAAUCGGCAAUGGUUACAUCGAAGAAAAUUCGGGUGAAGCCUGCGGUGAGAAAAAUCUUCCAUGUCCAGAAAAUAGUGUCGAUAUGAGAGAAAUAGAAAUUACGAAGACACUUGAGCAUGAUGAAUCUGAGAAGGCAAUCGAGCUAAACCACGAAGAUGCCUCAGAACAAGAGAAGAAGGAGAUGGAUGUAAUGAUUGAAGAUAUUCUAGUUGUGGACCCUGUCGUUGAUCUAAAUGUAGAUUUAAAGGCAUCAAUAGAGGUUGAUGAGAAGACGAAUGUGUUUGAAGUGGAGGUUAUACGCGGACGUGAGGUUUUUGUGUACCGAUUGAUUACAACCAAGAAAGACUACAAGCUAAGGUGGACCCUGAUAUAUUGCAAUGCUAUCCAUGCCUUGGUUGCAAUUGAAGUGAUAGAGCUCAUGGAUGAAUGCGCAAUCUACAAGGCUUUGGAUUGGACAUAA